UGUCUACUUUAGCCUAGCCGUACAAACUGCACUGUACAAGUAAGUACUGCUAUAUAUAGCUAUAGUACUAGACCAAAUGCAUUCUGUCUGCGCUGCAGCACGACAGUGAGCUACUAGUUACUUUCUGGAGCAGCUUUACUGUUAACCCAAGCAACAUAAAAGUAGAGGCGUGUCCAGAGAACCUCUCAAACGGUUCCUCUACUACUGCUGGUGGUAUGGCAGAACCUAACCAGCACUUGAUACCACCCUCUGCUACCAUAGCAAAAUCCUCCGAGGACGUUGCUGGUGAUAGUCACCCCCUGAGUGACCCCAACAGCUCGUUCACCGUCCUCGAGUAUUCUUGUAGUCCCUCGCAUGCCGCCGAGGCUCGGAAACGCAGUGGACCACACCCACCUCCAGAUCCAGAUAACCUGCGGCCACUUGAAGAGGUGGAUCUUGGUCGUCACUCACUGCGGACUAAAUCUUUUCAGACAAUCAGCAUCAUGAAUGGUCUAAAGCUUCGGCUCAGAGGUCGGACCGCCCUCAUUGCUGCUUACACAUAUGCCUUGUUCCCACGCAUGGACAAGUGUGUACCUGUGGAUUGGAAAAUUCUCGUCACUGACGAUGUGCAGAGUCAGCACAUUCGUUGCCACCCGUUACAAGAUGGAGACGAGCUGUCAAUGUUAGUAUCCAACUUCAAAGAGCAGCAUGCCAAAGCUGUGAUCCUCGUCAACACACAAGACAACUACUCAAUUGCCCCUCAGUUCUUGAAAGGUAUGAAAAAGAGUAGCAUCCCAAUAGUAAUCAUCACUCAGUGUGACGGUGCCAGCCUCUUGGCCAGUCUGGAAACACAUGGUGACGAUGUCCAAGCCCGAUUGGACGCUGAGAGUGAUGUGGACGCCCUCGUUGGAGGAGGGCAAGAAGAGUCCUCCCUUACCUCUAGACAAUCCCCCGGUCCAACUAGGAAAAAGUCUGAUAAAGAAGGACCAGGUGUGAAGCAGAGGUUGAAAGAUCGUUUUUUUGGUAGUGACAAAGGUUCGACAAUGGAUCUGAGGGCAGAGCUGAAAAAGCUUAUGUUCACUGUGGACAAGAAGCCAGCGCUUAUAUCCGACGAUCCAGCCAAGUUCAUUAUGGUGAUGUCCAUCCUCACAAACUACGAGAAACAGGCAAAAGAGGACGGUAAUCACACCACGGUCAACGAAACUCUGAAGAGGAUGAAACCACAUUUUGACGAGCUAUUUUACAAGGACCUUCCCUUCUACCUAGUAUUUGCCUAUCGUCUUCACAUCCAGUCCACCUUUUACCAGUGUGACGAUAUGGUACCAUUUAUCACAGCGUGCUUGAAGAAGAUUGAGAGCUUACAUUUCCAACAGCUAGCCCAGACAAUAAACGACUUCGCCAAAAGGGGAGACUUUGAAGUAAUGUGUGGCACUACAAAGGAGGAAGAAAGUGUGAGCAUGUUCUGGUUCAUGGAGUGUGCUUGUCAGGUGUUGUCGGAGGUCUCUCAAAAUCUAAACAACCGAGCCUCUGUUCAGAGUCAGAGUCAAGGACCUGCAACCAACGUGAGACCGGUCCAUCCCAACUUCUGCUACACUAGAAUGAUGUGGUUGUCAAUGGCUUUCAAGUUUCACUGUGAGCGGACCCAAAUUACCAGAUCAACCCCCCGACUUUGGUAUGACAGGUUUAUCAACUACCAUCCUCGUAUCGUCCUCACCGACGCUGUGAUCAGAGAUUUGGUGGAUGGAUUGGAUUUUGGACGUCUCUUAUAUCUACCAAAGGAGGUUCAUUUCAGUUUUCAUCACAUGACAGAUUUAGUUGUGUCAGAAAGAUGCAUUCGACCGUUCAAAUAUAUUCGGCACUUUCUUCACUCCAUGGAGCAGUUUCUUGAGACAGAGGAUGAACUGUUCCACAUACUCACUCAGAUCAGGGCCACGUACACCUCCAAGAUAAAGGAACCAGGUUUCUCUAUGUCCAACGUCAGCCUUCUUGGAACACUGGCUGACACCAUCACUGAGGCUCUCAAUUUUCUAGACUUCUUGUUGGGUGUCUGGGACAAACGCAAGUUCAGAGAUGUGUCUAUCGACUCUGAGUGUACCAACUGGCUGCAGCUGCUCCUGGGGUUGGUGGAAAUCACUCGGGACCACUCCCACACACUUCUCAACAGUUUUUUCAGGAAAAAUGGCGUCUGCAAAAAGUAUCGAAGACUCAUUGUCAAACAAGUUCUUGAUACCACUCACCAACACUUCGACAAACUGAGUAUUCAACAAUUCUUCACUCUGUACAAGGCCUUCAGAAUCUGGCCCAACAAGUUUCUUGGUGAGUACUUGGAAUCGUACAACGUUCCUAUAAACACCAAGAUCAACGACGGUACGUGCAAAGAAUUUUUUGGAGAGGUAGUGGAUAGGUUUCCCGCUGCACAUGAGCACUACUAUCUUCUCGGCUUCCUCAUGAAGAUUUCUGAGCGUUAUCGUGAAGAUAACUGUGCAAGGAACUUUGUCCUGGACCUCGUUAAACUGGGAGUGCCAAAGUUGCUCGGAGCACCUGAUCAGGGAAGCUCUGAAGACGCUGACAUUGAACGAGCUAUGGAGAUACAGAAGAAGUUCACCGUCAUGCUCAGAAACUACAUACGUGGGAACGCCCUCAAGCAAACCAUUCUCCAGCAGAUGACCGAGAUACUGAAUGCCAUCUCUGAUGAGAGGGACGAGUUCCAACAGCUCAUUCUGAGAGUCCUCUAUCAAGAAGUGAUCCCUGAGUUCAAGGUUCUUCAAGACCUCGACUCAAACAAGGGGAAAACCGGUCAGUUGUUCAAAGCCAUCAUCAAGUACUCCAUUGACUAUCUCUGCAAGUCACUCAGGUGGCUGCAAGGUCUCACAACUAAACAAACCUUCUGUUGGGGGCUUGUUGCUUCCUCUUCAUCUCGUGUGCAUGUGACUGCUGAAAAUUUUGAUUGGCUCCGCAACUAUUCUUAUGUGAUAUCGGAACUGGGCAAGCUGUUCAACAACUACUGUACUAGGAAGAAGCUCUCUGACAACCAAAGUGUGAUCGUUAACAGUCUCCCUGAUGAUAUCGCCAAAAGUUGCUGUGAUGAUGUCACACGUUACUUUAAAUGGAUCGGCACAAUUCAAGGCGUCUUUCAAACCUGGAAAAGCAAAUUGAAAUCUCAUGAAGUUAACUAUGACGAGAUCCUGGUGUAUGCCUCCUGCCACAUUGAGAUAGAAAGGCUCUGCCAAACACUGUGCUCCACAACUCUCAUCAUAGACUUCCAAAUAGUCCUGACAGUAAAGAACACUUUCCUGACAGAUUUUGAGCUUCUAAAUGUCUAUCUCCUCCGUUACACACCACAACACCCUGAUGCAAAGUGGUGUAACUUUCUCGUCAUUUUGAAGGAGUAUGGGGUGACCCUCCCACAACACCUUCUCACACUUAUUGAGAGAUACGUUGUCUUCCCUGAUAAUAAGAGCAGAUCAAACCAUGAACUUCUCAAACAUCCUGUUCCAACAGGGACUAACGGAAUCUUCCUACCAGGCAGCAAUGAGUUGUCGCUUCGUUUAACCAAAGAGUUCCCUCUAAAAGAACUUUCUAAACUGGUACAUGGAAUAGAAGAAUUUCAAGAAACUCUGAUUGAACAUAUGGAUAUGCUCAUCUUUUUCAAGCUAAACCACAGCGUAAUGUUUGACAAAUACCUCCGUGUGGAGAUUGGGCAAGCUAUCGAUUCAGAAACAGAACAACAAUCUGUCUUUGAAUCCUCUAGUCCAUCAGUGUUCCAAUUCUCUUUUCCUCAAAGUAUGUUCUUGUCUUUGGCACAACCAAAGAAAAAGAAAGACGGUGUGUCAGUUGAUGUCUUACAUAAAUCACUCCAGAACACAAAUUAUUUGCUCAUGAAGAUUAUGAGGGGAGAGGCUGCUUAUGCUGACAUCAUUGCACAGGGGAAACUGGACCUUGAAACCCUCGAUAUAGAGAAUGAAUUCACCACCCUCAAAAGCUACUUCCUGACCCUAAAUAUCACUCAGUCAGAAUCUGAAGGGCUUGCUGGCGUGCGAAGUUUACUAGAACUGUUCCAAUACACAAAACACAUACAGAAGAUACAAGGUGCGUGUGAGCAGUAUAAGUUGAAUACGUGUUUGCAAGACUCAGACUUGAAGGAGGUCAAAGAUCUCGUCAGAGAUGUAGAAGACGAAGAGAACCGCUCGAAGCUAACCCCAAUAGAAGCCAGUCAGAGAAUGGAGCGAAUCAAAAUACUUCUCUGUCUUGCACCUGAUCCUAAGUCCAAAGUGAAACCUCGAGAUAAUUGCUUGGAAGUUUUCUCUGCAGUAGCUAACAGUGCCGAGUUUUAUUUAUUUAUUCAAGCUAAGCAAUUUUAUGGAGAAGAAGGGGUGGGCACCUUCCAUCAGCAGUACCAACUAAUCACGGCUCAGUUGCAGCACGAAGAAUACGAUGAAUAUGUUCUGAACCACCUCCUGGCUGCCUUCAAUGUCAUGACGCCAUUCUUGGACCAGGAGCAGAGUUUCAAGGACCUUAUGACCAAAGUAACUCGUCUUGAUACGACCAUUGGGCUAAAGCAGCUAGAGACUGUCAACAGCAACAUCACCCUCAUUAAACUCUGGUUCUCAAGGGCUGAGGGAGACACCCUCCAGAACGUUGCCAAAGAACUAGACAAAGUCUUGGAGACUGGUUACUACUCAUUCAAUUUGCCCACGGACGGAGAGGCUCAAAUGAUCUUAGAGUACGUGCCUUCCAGUAGCCAGACCUCGAACACUUUCGAAGAGGGUGUGGAUGGCGGAACUACUUGUGCAUCCUACUCCCAGAUCUCUAAACUAGAGCCAGAGACUAGUGACUUGGUGAUUAAGAGGCCUAAAUCAGAGCAGUGGAACUCAGAGCAGAUUAGUGACUUUGUGCGUAAGCUUGGCUUUAUGGACACUGAGAGAGAAGGAGGAGAGAAGAUCAAACACUUCCGGCUUAUUAGCUCUAUUGCCUACCGUCUACUGGAAUUGUACAAACAACUGAAGGACCUUGGAAACCCUCUCUACUUCAAGGGCACAGUGGAGCCACUCCUCUGUGGUGUCGACCGUACCAAUGCAGACGAUCGAGUGAGAAAAACAGAGGUCCAUCUUGAAAACUGGAAGAAACGAGUUACUGAGCUACGAAGUCAAUACAACUGGUUACUGUUCUUCAGCAUACAGAAGAUCCUGAGGUUGUACAAACUGGUGUCCAUGUGUGAGGAGAGAGAUAAGCAGCUGGACAAGAUUGUGGCUGAGAUAAGCUUCCUCUGUAAAAAUGACGUGGCAACCAGGCAGAACUUGAAACAACGCGUGAAGACAGAGUUGAAAAACUGCCAGAAAGAUGCACAAAAUGAAGAGCCUCCGAUGCACACCAUUGGUCAGUUCCUUGGUGUUCUAUUCCUCAGGCACUCCCUCCCCAGACGCUCUGACUCCGCCCCCCUCCUCCGAACUCAUAUCCUCACAUGUUUCUCCCUCUCUCAUGACUUCACACAGUUGCUCCACUACUGUCCUCGCCACUCGCAUAGUCAGCUGAUUCAGAUGAUUAUCGGUAUAUGCUCUGGAGUACCUGAGGCAUUUGAGGUGUUUCGUUGUCGGCCAUCUACGACUGAGAGUGAGCUCAUGCUGUUCUUGAAGAAAGUGGCCAGACACUCACUGCGCUCUAUUGUAUUGGAGGUCAACAAACUGCCCUUCAAACUACAAGAGAGUUUAAUGCAGCUGCACCUGCUAGUGCAGAUCACGCAGGGCCAGGAGGACAAUCCCGAGGAACUGACCACCCUUGCUGCCGCUCAUGCUUCUCCUUGCAUCCACUUCAUUGAGACUGAGCCCUCAGUGCUCAGGGACGUUCCCUGGAUACGACUCAGGGAACACAGGGAGCCCAUUAUAACGUUUGAGGAAGCACAAAAAGUGUGCCAUACUCGAGUGCUACUACCAGAAAACUUCACUUGCAUACAGCUGGUGGUGGGGGCAGCAGGUAAUGGUAAGACACACUACAUCAAGGAACAGCUGUCAGCCAGUGCAGCACAGCUGACCAUUGCAGUGAACGAGGCCUUCACCCCCCUCAAGGUCAUCAUAAAGCUGUGCAGUCUUCCCACUAAUGUCUGGGGGGCAAGCAUUUUUUUCAACUUUACUAUGCUCUCUCCAAGGGACUCAGUGGACGAGAGCGAGUGUCGCCGGUACAAUCAACUGAUGGAGGUGAUUGGUUGGUUCUUCUUUGACCUGCUCAUCCUUGGUUACGUGGAAGACCCAGUCACUGGGAAAUCGUUCCGAGUACCUGGUGGACUUCAGUGGGCCAUCUAUAUCGAAGUUCCGUCCAGAGAAGGAGACAUGAAUUCCGCACUCAAACAGUUCCGGGAGGAGGUGCCGACUCUGGGGUUGCUAGGCGAACAGUACUUUAUCCUCUCAGAGAAGCCGUACAGUGUGGACAAUGAUGUGCAGCUGGUGUGCAAGUAUCUGCAGGCAUACGAUACAGGAGGGAUAAUAGGCAUUGACAGGCUCUAUUGCGGUCGGCUAGUCAAAUUCAGUGAGGACCCCAACAUUCUUCCUCAUCAGUGCCAGAAGCUGCUUCACAAGUACAUGCCUGAUCAUAUCCGUUCCACCAAAAUCACUCAGAGGCUCUUCGUCAAGUACAUGAAGCGUCGUUGUGAGUUCCUCGACAGUCUUCCGGCAUUCAACUUCAACCCAGGGAUUGGGGAGUACCUGGUUAACGAGCAGGGGCAGAAGGUCACCACCAGCACCCAGCAACUUGGCUCCACCCUCAUGAAAACCAUGCUUAAGGAAGUCAGCGAUUUCUGUGACCCCAAAAUCAAAGACAACUGGUCUAUGAAACCCCAUCAACAGUUGAUCUACGACUACAAAGACUGUGGAUCGAGUUUUGGGCUCAUCUCUCUUCAUCCCGAGGAGCUGCCGGAGUCAGAGAAGGAGGCGUUCAGAAAGAUUGGUAUCAAGAUACCAUCCAUGGCAGAUUUAUUCUCCCGAGACAUACUGGAUGGUCUUCUCUCUCGAGCCCUCAACAUCCAGCUGGAGAAAAAUCGCUUGGUGGCCAUUGAUGACUCUGCCUAUGUCCUCACCCUCGACUACACCAUAAAGAUGCUCAAUAUCCACGAGCGCUACGAAUGUGGCGUCCCGGUGAUUAUCGAGGGGGAGACGGGGGUGGGCAAGACAGCUCUGAUAGAGAUGUUGUCGAAGUUGUGGAACCAGUCGCUGCUGCUAGAGUGGAAGAAACAACAAGACAGGGUGGUGGAGUUCUUCGUACGCAAAAUGGGGGAUAUACAUGUAUCAGUUGGGAUGUGGGAGAACUAUCAGGCGUGUGCUCUAACGGUACAAUCAAUGAGUGACGGAGAGUACGUGAGUGAAGAAAAAUUGAUUGUGCUCUGUGAACUAUAUGAUGGAACCCACGGCCCACUGUUUGUUAAGGCUCAGUCUUACCUCAACCUGAUGAGAAAUGACCCGGUAGUGGCCUAUUUGACACUCAAGGGUACACAGCACAAAGGCAAGGUCUCAUUGGAGCAGUUGUUCUUUGAAGCUGAUGAACAGAAUACACCCAAGGCAACUGCCAUACUCCUCCAUGCUGUUCUGUGUGCUCAAAUAAUAUCCACCUUCCACAAGAUCAACGUACAUGCUGCCAUGAUACCCUCAGAUAUACAGGAGCAUUUCAAACCUGCGUUCAACCAAGCAAGAGAUUUUAGCGAGGCCUAUAAGGAGAAAGUAUACAAAAAAGAACUCCAGACGUCAGUCAUGGCCAACCCUGCCCCAUUUGUCACCGUGUUUUUGGAUGAAGUAAACACUUCUUCUUGUGUGGGUCUGUUCAAAGAGAUCAUUGUGGACAGGACCUUUGAUGGAGAGCCAAUUCCCGACAACGUGUUCAUAGUAGCUGCGUGUAACCCUCACCGUGGCAACAGCAUGGCAUCGUUAGGUGUGGAGGGUGGCUCGAAGAAGGAUAAGGACAAAUGGGUGAGAGGGACGUACUAUGUCCGCAAGCUCCACCCCACUCUCCAGUUUCUCAUGUGGGACUACGGCUCUCUGGAUGAACAUCAGGAGAAGGAGUACAUUAACACCAAGAUGAAAAUGCUCAACCUGGACAUGUCUAAUACUGAGGUGGCCAGUCUGACAAAGCUGAUUGUGGGUAGUCAGAACAGAAUGAGGCAUUACGCUUUCGAACAGAUGUGUGCCAAUAGGGGGACAACCGAUUCCUUUGCCCGCAUUUCCUCUCGUAGCUGUGUCAGUCAGAGGGACAUUCAGCGCGUCUUUACUCUCUACCAAUGGUUUUUGAAGAUCUACAAGAAACCAGACACACUGAGACUGUAUACUUGCCAGAACUAUAGUCGCCGAGCAGUCUUAGUAGCCAUGGGUAUAGUGUACUAUAUGAGGCUCAACAACCAAUACCGUCAAGAGUACACACAGUUUCUCGAUAAUGAGUUUCGCCUUCCAAAUGAGGUCACUUUUACCAAAGCUUUUGAGCAGGAGCUCGAUUGGUAUAUUCGACUGGUUGAGUUGCCUAAAGGGAUCGCACGCACAAGAGCUCUCAAGGAGAAUAUCUUUGCUACCAUUGUGUGUACAGUCACGCACACUCCCCUCAUUAUUGUUGGUGCUCCUGGGUCUUCAAAAACACUUUCUUUCAACCAGACCAUUGCAAAUUUGAAAGGGGCCGAGUCUCGACAGAAGAUCUUCCGUGAUACAACGAUUUUUCACUCACUCGAUCCCCACUACUACCAGUGCUCUCGACGUACAACGUCCAAUGAAAUCCAGACUGUGUUUUCCCGGGCAAUCAACCGCCAAAGAAGCCACGCUCAAUUCAACCUGCCGAUCUACUGUGUGGUGUUUAUGGACGAGGCAGGCCUUCCGGAGGAGAGCCAUGAAUCAUUGAAGGUCCUCCAUUACCAUCUUGACAAACAAGAAGUUUCCUUUGUGGCUAUCACCAACCAUGUCUUGGAUGCUGCAAAAACCAACAGAGCUAUCAGUUUAUUCCGACCCGAGGCUUCCAAUGAUGACCUUCACACACUAGCUAAAGGAUGCUUCUGUUCAAAUCCAAGUAACCCUCCUCCUGAGUUGGAAGUGGACCUCAAACAAGUUGUCGAGUUGUGUUGUCCAUACUCCACUCUGAUGGAAGAUAAAAGUUUUGCACGAUUUUAUGGCCUUCGAGAUUUCAUCCAGUUAGUGAACUAUUUGCGUCGUAAACGAGAUGAUAGCCAAUCCAUCAGCCCUCAAAUAGUCAUGCAAGCUCUUGAGAGAAACUUCAAUGGCUCUGAAGAUUUUGACAAAAUAUGCGGUAAGUUUUUAGGAGAUAGCAUGGCUAAAGUAAAGCGUCGAGGUAUUUUACACAUUCUACGAGCCAGUUUGGCGGACAGACCACAAGAGAAGCAGGACUUGAGUGAGAACGAAGUGAGAUACAAACUCAUUAUCGACCCCUCUGAGGAUGACUCAUUAGUUCGUCUCCUUUUCUCCUUCGGCAUUCUCAAAAGAGACAAUACUCGAAUCUUUGUAUGCAGCAACUUCCCGGCCGAUGGACAGCUGCAGAAGGUUAACACUAUUGCCGCUAUUCGUCACUCGGCCAUUGAAGGUCACACUGUAGUCAUGAGUCAGACAGACGAUAUUCACGAGAGCUUCUACGACUUAUUCAAUCAGAGAUUUCGAAGAAUUGAUGAUCUCAAUAAAGGCCCUCGAUAUUACACUAAUAUUGCCAUUGGUGCCCACUUCCGACCAUCCAGAGUUCAUCCCAACUUUCAGUGUGUGGUGGUGGUUAAGAAGUCUGAGGUAGUCAAUACCCCAGCCCCUUUUCUGAACCGAUUUGAGAAGUACCUCAUCACUCAUGAGACAAUGCUGGAGACAGCACUCAAUCUCAUGCCACCCAGUAUUGCAUCUAUCAUCAAAGCAGCCAUGGAGAAAGUCCUGGAGUUCAUAGAGCUUGUUUCCGGCUCAGACAGUCUGUACGGAUUGUGUCCACACACACUCAACUCUCUCAUUCUUUCUCUCCUGCCUGCUGUUGACCACACCUACCCUGAGAUUGGAGAGCUGAAUUUGGUAAACAACUCUCGAGACAUACACUUCUAUAUCCUCCAGGAGAUUGUUCAGGCCCUCAGGGAGUGUACAGGCCUCUGCAUACCCAAGUUGUCUAUAGAUGAGUUCAAACUAGACGUGGACGCAGUGUUUGAGCUCGUACUCCAAGACCCAACGUUCAAAGGUCUCAUGCAAAACAUGACUCACACUCAAGCUUCUCAAGCCAUCCCUGAGGCUCUAAAUGCACUCCACAUGGCCGUGUCACCAAAUCGUGGGGAGCAUUUGGAUGUUACCCCUGAGGGCUGUCUAGUGAUUGCACUACUACAACAGUGGCUGGUCCGUUUCCUGACCAAGAGGCUCAUGCAGAUGAUGACUUCCGAGGCGUUCAUUUUGCACAGGAACAAGAUUCCAUUCACCUACUUAAAUAACUACCUCAAUUUCCACACUCAUUUCAGCCUGCUCAAACUUGUAGAGAGCUACCACCAAGCUGUGGACUCUACUAGACAGGACCUUCCGACAUGUUGCAGUGCUACCAAAGUCCUCUGCUACACCCGGUCCUCCCCCCUUAUCCACCAGCUGCCGGCUGAGUUUCCCUGCUCGUAUUUUGGGAUUGAAUUGGAGUCCAUAGUUCGUGACCUACUUGAGAAAUUUGUCUUCUCGGAAACCAACAAACUUGUGAUGUACAAACUAUCAAGUAUUCUCUCUCAGACAACUAUUCAGGACUUUAUUAGAAAUUUCUUACACUCCGAAACAGCCGAAGUGUGCUUACUCGUAGUGAACAUGCACGAGACCACUAAAGAGAUUGUGAAUCACGUUCGGAUCAUGAUUGAAGAAGCCGAAACUCUAUCAACUAAACAGACGACCAAGAUAUUUGUGAUGCUACUUCACUUUCCACCCUCCCAGUUUUACCAAAUUUGCUAUCCCUCACUCUUCCUGAAGGGAUGGGACCACUUUUACAUGGAUACCAUUGCUCACAGCGCCGUACAAGGAGUCGUUGACAUUAGAGACUGGUUUUGGCAGUGCUGUUUCCCUAACCAAUCCUCUCAACUGGAAGAAGACACUCUGCUGAAAACACUACUUGGUAUCUUGCCACAGUCUAUAUCGGUACUAGCUGCACGCGUGUUCUUUGGCUCGAGACAAAAUAGUUCUUUCAAUUCCACAAUGAAUGGUCUAGAACGUUCUAAAGCUCUCAAUGAGCUCCUGUUAAAGAAAGGACGUGACGGGAUCACGGUCGGUCGAAUGCUUUGUGAAAAGUUCCGAGCUUAUUGGAAACCAGAUUUCAUGGCCGAACACCUGGAGAAGGCAGCUAUUUUCUCAAGAAACAGAGAAUCCACCCUCAACAUAACCGAGUCGAUUCAAACAAACGUAAAGAGUCUUUUUUUCGAUUUCCUUGUAUAUAUGGUUUCAAAAAUUAACGAAAACUACAACAUUGACAUCAUUUUUGAUGCCGAUUGCUCUGAAACUGUUCAAGACCUGUUCCUCAAGAUCCUGAAAGUAUUCCCGACUCCAAAAUUAUCUCUACUCAGCGAUAGCCUGCCACAACUAAAGCCACAACUACAGCCACUGGUUUACACACCAAAGUUUCCUUUCUUUCAAACUGUUUGCGAUACUAUGGAGAAGGUUGUUGAGCAGAGUAGGAAAGAGGCUAACGUGAAACUGGACAUACUCAGUGACAUAACCACACCCCCUGACGAUCAUGCUGUGAGCCAUCAGGAUAUUCUGAGCACUCUACAGCAAGCCAUCUCCAACACACUCACUGAGAAAAUUGAGGGCUCUACAAGCAAGCAGGUGCUGGAGUUGGUUGCCAAGGCAAUCUCCAAUGAUGUAGAGCUGUGGAACAGGUACUUCAUUGACUUUGUCAUGCACAAGCUUCGACUCGACUCCGAAGACUCGGCAGGUGGCAUUGCUCAGCAGAUGCUGUACACGUUCAUGAGCCAGCUGCAUAAGUUAGAGGCUUUGGAGAGGGUCAUCAAUCUCCAUGCCUUCCUCCAUGUGUACCAGCUGGACCUGGCCAAGUUGGCGUCCAAUCUCAGGCCUCUCAUAAAACUGUAUAAGCUCCAUAAAGACACGCCCAGCAUACAGGCCAGCGUCCUCACACCCGUCACGCCAGUUUCCCCCUCACGCAAGCUCCUCUCCAUCGUCCAACAAAACCAACUCCCUUUCGGCUCACCAGAGCAUCUCGCUACGUUUGUGGUUACCACUCUCUUUGACGCUCUGGCGGGCUUCCUCUAUACCAAAGAGAAGUCACAAAUAGAUGCAAAUGACAGCAUGAGGAUCUGGCACAAUGUGUACAGAGAUGUGAUGACCCUGCCUAACCUCAAGCAGAAUAUCUACUCAGCACUGGGGGUGGGUAAAGAGAUAGAGGAAGUCGAGGGACGUCUCAAUAUCAUGCAGACCACCUUCCUCACACUGCAAAUCAGCCCAGACCUGAGCCAAGAUGAGGAAGCAGUCAUAAAGGGACAGCACAUCUUCAGGACGCUGUUUUCCAGGCAUUUUGACGACACCAUGGAGAUGAAGACUGAAUGCCCACGACUACGUGCAGUGGUCCGUGUGCUCACUUCUCCCCCGGGCAUGUCCCUGAACGCCUCAAGAGUGCUCUUUGAGGGUCUAUUCGCUCACUUCUUCUCACCCGAGAGAGGGCUUUACGACUCAGACGAUAUCCGUUGGUUCCUGGAACUGGCCAACUGUCAGAAGGAGUGGGGGAGUGGUCAACUCGAGGAAAGAUGUAGUGGUCUAUCAGCUGACUUGUCUGACCACCUUGUGACACAGCCAGAACAGAGCUUGAUGACCGGAAUCACCGAAAUGCCUGAGGGUGUAGUGAGCAUGAACAUAUUCAAGCUGUACCUGGGCAACAUCCUUAGACAGUGUGACUUUCACUCAGACAGUACAGCUGACAGUGGCCCCCUGCAACUGUAUCACCAGCACCCCCGCAGUGAGAUAGGAGCUGUACUCACCAGUCGCCCUGAGCUGGGGCCUCCGGGACCAUUCAUACCAAAGUUUUACAAGGAGUGCACCUUCAUCAAUAACCCUUGUAUGCAGCAGCCACUAGCCCACCUUUACUUCCUCACUGUACUGGAGCACCUGAUGAGCAAGCCUUGUGACCUCUUAGAUUUCAUUAAAAUGGCCAAAAGCAUAAACACCCUCUGUACCUCCCAACCCACCAUUGAUGCUUUCAAGGUUAUACUCUACAUAGAGCUGCAGGCCGUCACACAAGUCAUAGCCCAGCAGCUGGCAUUGCACCUUGACCCCUCUGACUCGAAUAAGUUUACCUGUAUCAAAGAUAUCACCUUGGAGUUGAAUGAGAUACUGGACGAUGAAAUCACAGGAGGGGGUCCUGAGGGGGGUCACGGGAUGGUGGUCGCACUACAUCUGCUUAAAAUGCUCAUUGACCAGAGUCCUCAAAAAUUCACAGACCUUUUUGAUAAGAAGUACAAGACUGAGCGUGACCUUAAGAAGAUAAAUUGCUUGGAACCAUUCUAUAAGAAGACUCCGUCUGUGUCAUGUGCUCAUUACUUGCUGCUUAUGAUGCCAGAUGCUGAUGGAUAUAUGAAAAUCCUGUUUAACCAAGUUGUUAGGAUCAUGAUGUCCAUUCACAAGGGCGGGAACAUUGAAUCUUUGAAAACCCUUGCGGCUACUGAGUGUGCCCACUCAUCGAAGAGGAGUCCCGAAGUGCCAGCUGCCUGGCACACUGAUAGGAGGAACACGUUCAGAAUGAUGGUGUGGCUAGUAGCCUACUAUGAGUACUACUGCAAAAAAAUCCCUUCUAAUACUCUGUGUAAUGCUAUGAGCCAUCCAGACAUGACCCCCUAUCUAAAGGAGGAGGGAUAUGUUCGAAUGAUUCGAUGCUUUCUACUGCCAGAGCUAAUGAUUCAACAAAAGGAAGCACCAAACGCUCUCAGAGAAGAUGAGGUCGACAGGAGACAUCGACCAAUCAGACGAGGGGGAAAUGAGAUGGAUCCAGUUUAUGAGCUAUUCAUGCCCAGUCACCCUGAACAACAAGACCAAUCAGAUGUUGACUUACGUCACACUCUGGCCAAUAUGGUUGCCAUGGUGAUUGGCAGUCCAGCCCGAAGCAACCAUCUAUGGUUCCACAUGUUUGCUCCCGAGCAGCUGGUCAAUACCUACAUCACGAGGUUCAUGGGAGAGUUUGGGAGCUCAGACUACAACAAAUGUGCCACUCGUGACACGUGCACUCUCCACUCUCUCCACCUCCUUCUCUUAACCAACUUUGGAGCCUUCACCAUGUCACUAUUGACUCUCCCAGACGCAGAUGCCAGGAUACACGGACCACAGAUCUCAGACUGGCAGUCUGUGCGUCACUACUGUGUGUCACAGCUGAGGACUGUAUGGCAGUACUUGACGAACAAUCUGGGGCUCUCUGAGGAAGAGAGGACAUUCUUUGUGAAUCAAUGUCUCAAGACCUUCCAUGAGGUGGUCAACAGAUCUCUUGAGCCGCUCCCUUCCCCCCAGCUGCUUGAGUCGGGUGAGCUGGUGAAAGACUCAAUGAAAGGGCUCUUUGUCAGCAGAGAAGAGCUUAAUGAUUACGAGAGGCUCUGGCACUGUCAUGUGUACCAACCAACAUGGAACCAGUUGCAAGAAAAAUUUGCCGUCUACUCCAACCUCUGCCAAAACAUUAUUUUUGCUAAGUUGAGGUGUCUAGACAUCAAUUACCCGUACUUCCUGUCAGAGACUGACUUUGUGAAUUGUAAGUUGGAGCAGCACUCGGAUGGUGAAGUCUUGAGGGGACUGUCAGAGUUUGCCCAGGGCUGGCGGAGGUUACAAGCAGGAGGACUGCUACUCCCUGACCUGGUCGAGUUCUACCGAUGGCUGCACACUGAGCUGUCCCACCUAAUGACGUACGAACGGACUACCACUGUAACCAUUCACAGAGUUGUGCAGCUGGCCGCCAGGAGGUACAGCUCACCAAUGGGUGAAUACAUUCUCGCCCUAUACGACAGAGUCAAGACAGGGUACAACAAUUAUGUGGAGCUGAUUGGUGGGGCCAUUGAGGCGGGGGCAGGUGCGGCAGUCAAACAGGAGAACAAAAGAUUCACAAUUGCUGAUAACGUGCCUCUCCUCCACUUCCUCACUGUAACCCACAAAGGUCACCAUACACAAGAUGCUGGGGAGCAAGGCAAUGAUUGGUUGUUCACAGUGAUAGCGGACAUUGUGAACACUCACAACCAAGCCAUUGAGAACCUCUACAACAUUGUCCACUCUCAGAAACAGCUACAUCUUACGAGACUCCUCCCAGAGCAGCCGGCCAAGAUCCUCCUAACUGAGGUCACCAAGAAGAACUGCAUCAUCGGCACCUUUACAAGCCUACAUGGAGUGAGCAACUUCCUUCAGAUCAUUCGUAGUCGCUACGUGCCACCAAAAUUCAAGUCUUUGCCAGAUAAAAUCACACAGGGUUCAAGUAUGUCCUUUGCUCCCCUACAAACUAAGGACGAGCCUGAGUUCCAACUAAAGCACCUUGAAGAGGACUUAGUGAGACUGUUCAACGCAGGAAAGCCACUGAUUGAGUCACCCUCCUCCAUACGCACUCUGUUCAAGUUCAAGCAUAGCCAUCGUCUGGAUGACGUGAUCAUUCCUGAUAAUGUGAUCCGAGCCACGCUGGACUUGGAGGAGAUUGGUUACAAACUACCAGACGAGUACAUGGAGCCUCUCUCUGCCAACCUGAACAAGCGGUUGGAGUACGAGUUUCACUCUUGUGGUUACAACAACCUCAUUGAAAUCAUUACUGCUCUCAGGACAGUCUGUGGACACCUGGUCAAGGUAAUUAUGAAGGAUGCUCAGAACAAAGACCUGAACACACUCACUCUACCCCGAUUCAUGAUGGACUACGUCUACGAGCACCUUAGCGACCCACAGAGAGUGCUCCACGAGAUCGGUGUAACUCCACACUCCCUCGAACAAUCCCAACUAACAUGCCUCAUCGAUAUCCCACUACCCUCUGUGUUUGCUUGCUUCCAACGUUUUGUGCAGUGGAUGGAUAAUGGCGUGUACGAUUUCUGUAACCUCUCUCAUGCUAUAAAAGUGGAUCUCUCUGAGGAUGACGUGAUGUUUUUCGAGUUGGAACUGAGAAAGAAGUGGACAGGAACGACUAAAGAGCUAGAGUCGGAGGUGAAGCAGAUGAUUGAGGUACUCAAACACUCUGAGAAUGAUAUUAUCACUAGGACUGUGAACAAGCAAGCUGCAAGAGUAUCAAUCAUUGAGUACUUCAGUAAAGAGGACAAGCUUCCUCCCCUCAUCCCAGAAACAGUGGUUCUUCAAAACUACGUCCACUUUAGACUCACUCUAAGAAGGUUGUUGAUCAACUUGCAAACUGAGCUAGCGACAGGUGCAGACGCUCAGGCCCAAGGCAACCAAUGGUCAGAGUUUGUGGCAGACCUUUGGAAUGCAUAUCUGCCUCAUCUCAGAGAAGAAACACGCGGAGAGGGAGAAUUCGUUUUCGAUCCUUCUACGAAUCGCUACGGCUUCGAAAACCAAUCACACUAUUCUUGUGACGAUGAGCUAUUCAUGCAAGAACUGGAGAAUGACGGAUAUGAUGAGGUGGUGGUGGAAGGGUUUGGUAACAACGUGGCGGAAGGGGGCUCUUUUGUAGAGGUGGAUAUCAGUCUAUCGCAGGUGACCCACACGUACGAUCUGGCUCAGUCAACUGAUGAAGAGGAGGAAUCAUAUGUAAAUGAUGUGACCAAGCCUUCACGAUCCAACGAGGAAGACCUAGCAUUUGAAAGACUCCAGGACCCUGACUUCCAGAAGAAGAUACUGUCGAUGGCACAGAGCAUCAUAAAGAAAGAUAAGCAAGAGUUAGUCUCCAAAGCCAGGACCUAUACGCCUAAAGAUGUGGGAGACUUCCUUAUAAGCAUUAAGCUAGAGGAGUACGUACAAGCGUUUAUUGAAGCUGAUGUUGGAGGAGACGUCUUGUUGGAUGCCGAUUGCGAAUUCCUGAAUGCACUUGAAGUCAACUCUCUCCUUGAUUGUGUUCGUAUCAUGACUCUGUUUACACGGCGACUACAAAACACUGAGCCACGCCUCCCUGUCUCCGAAGUACUGAGGUUCUUAAGAGAAAAUAAAUUUGAGAAAUAUGUCGAACUUUUUAAGCAGAAUGAGAUCGAUGGUGACAUGCUAGUGGAUACUGAUCCAGGGCUUAUAAAGAACAUGUUGAAGGAUAUUGGAAUAGUGGUGGUGGACAGAGUGAGUAUUCUUAACAAGUUUAAAACUUUUGCUAGUAGUGAACAGUGAACUACAUGACUUGUAUAAGUAAAUUGUUGUAGCUAUUCUGAUUGUUUUAUAAUUAUUGUGCUUUAAAGUUAUCACAUGCUACUUAAUUUAGUAACCUUAUUCUUGUAAUUGUUGGUCACAUGACACUUAUAGUUGUUGAAACAGAUUGUAUAAAGAGCUUUUUGCCCUAGUUACACACUUGUUAAUUAUUAUUGUUCAA